CCUGUCCCUGUGAAGAGUGAAGACGAUGAAGAGGAAGAUGUUCAGCAGCUGUUGGUGUUUAACGAAGAAGUCGAGGGACCGGAGGAAACGGAAACCGCCAGCGACUCGAACACAGCUCCACAUCUCCACCCCGAACCCGACAACAACAAGUCCAACUCUUGGGACGGCGACGGUGCGGCGUCUCCGUCGCUUUUAAACUCGCUGCGGAUUCUCCGAGUCCCCACCGGCGAUGCCAGACACAACGCCGGCAGGAAGAAGAAGACGUAUCGCUGCUCCGAGUGUGGGAAAGUUUUCGGCCGCAGCCCGCAUCUGAAGAUCCACAUGAGGACUCACACAGGAGAGAAACCCUUCAGCUGCCCCGUCUGUGCCAAGAGCUUCACGCAGAAGGUGAAUCUGACGUACCACAUGUCGGUGCACACGGGGGAGAAACGCUUCAGCUGCCGCAUCUGCGGAGAGAGAUUCACCUGGUACACGCAGCUCAAGAGUCACCGCUGCGCCUGCGAGCGUCCGAGUCGGAGGGACGAGACCGGAGAGGCAGAGAGCGGCGGGAGCAGAGAGGCGGAGGGCAGCGGCGAGAAGCCGUUCGUCUGCGGCCGGUGCGGGAAAACAUUCAGCCGCAAAGACAACCUGAACAUCCACACGAGGAUCCACACGGGAGAGAGACCGUUCAGCUGCUCCGUCUGCGCCAAGAGCUUCAAACACGGAGGACACCUGACGCAGCACAUGUCCGUCCACAGGAAGGAGAACCGCUUCGGCUGCCGCGCCUGCCGCCGGCGAUUUACCUGGCGCUACCAGCUGCGGAGACACACCUGCGGCGGAGAAUCCUCUCUGCGUGAAGACGAGGAAGAGGAAGCUCAGUCCUCACAGCUUCGCCAGAGACAAACUCAACACAUGGAACAGAUCUGUAGUACUCACCGUUCCAAAGCUGAUGGAGAGGACUGUGGAGGACCAGAACCAGCCAGGAACUCGCAUCCACCAUUACAACCAGAGACUGAAGACCACACUGGAGACUCUUCGGAGUUGAACAUUAAGGUGGAACUCAGCGACGAGGACGGGACGGAAAGCAGAGGACCUCACUUAGGUUCCAACGACGACGCAGGAAGCACCGGCGGCCGGAAGUCGUUCCGCUGCUCCGACUGCGGGAAGACGUUCGGCCGAAAGGAACAUCUGCAAACCCACGCUCGGAUCCACACGGGCGAGCGCCCGUUUGGCUGCCCCGUCUGCGGCAAAACCUUCGGCUGCAAGCGCUCGCUGCUGGGUCACAUGACCAGCCACACGGGGGACAAGCCCUUCGGCUGCUCGCAGUGCGGGAAACGCUUCGGCCGCUUGGUGAACCUGAAGACGCACCAGAGGCUGCACACGGGCGAGCGGCCGUUUAGCUGCCCGUUCUGCGGGAAAGGCUUCACGCAGAAGGUUCACAUGACUCAGCACACGGCCGUGCACACGGGCCAGAAACAGUUCUGCUGCAGCGUCUGCGGCAAACAGUUCACCUGGCUGUCCGGGUUCAGGCGACACAAGUGCGGCGGCGAGGCGGAGAGCCAGACGGAGGCGAACUCGGAGGAGAACUCGGAGGCGGAGCCGGGCGACAAAAAACGCUUCCGCUGCCGGCAGUGCGGCGGCAAAUUCAACCACAAACACAACUUGAAGGCGCACAUGAGAAUCCACACGGGGGAGAAGCCGUUCGGCUGCUCCGUCUGUGCCAAGGGCUUCGCGGCGAGCGGCGCUCUGAAGAAACACCUGCGGACGCAUUCGGGGGAGAAGCCGUUCGGCUGCGCGGUGUGCGGCGCACGCUUCACUCAGGGCGGGAACCUGAAGCGGCACAUGGCCCAGCACGCCGGGGACACGCGGCCCAAACCGUUCGGCUGCACCGUCUGCGGUAAAAAGUUCACACAAGUGUCGAACAUGAAGCGGCACACGGCGCAGCACGCCGCCGCGCAAACAGGAAGCGAAGUCACUGAGCAGUUCAGCUCUUACCCAGGAAGAAACAAGCUGUAAUGUAACCCUACAGGACAAAUGUUCAGCGUCAUUCAGCGUCCGCUAAAAGUUCAGUUUUCGCCGCUGACAGACUCAGAUUAUUAUUCUAAGUGUCUGACAACAUUAUGGAAAGGAUCCCUACAGAGCUGGAGCUUUUAGUUAAAGAGUAAGAUCCUUUUAGUUUAACCUGAACCAGCCCCGAAAGACACCGUCACCAAACUCCACCAGACUCCAUGUAAAUAAUCAGGACUUUUAUCGUCGUAAAACAC